CUCGAGCCCAAUGUGUUUUCAGUGUGUCAGACGAGCUUUGUUAUUGUUGUGAUUCUCUGGCCGCUUAGGACUGCAUGCGUGCGACAUGUGGUGGUGAGAUAUACAGAGAGGACGGAGAAUGAGGAGAGAGAGCCGGGGAGGGAGAGGGGAAAGUAUUGUAAGACUGUGAAUGCCCACAAACUGAGGCCAUAUGAUGAUGCGCGUGCGGGGGCCGUGGAUAUGCCUAAUCCCAUUUCCUUAUCCGGGGUCCGUCCUGGAGGCCCGCCAUUGGCCCGCUGCCGUCACGUGGCUUCUUAACUUUGUUCACUUGACAGAAAAGUAGGAGGGUUCAACGGAACAGGAAUAACCGAAGAGUAAAGGGAUGAGAUAUAAAUUUUAGUUAUAUAUUUUCCGAGUAGGUGCAAUUCCACAAAAAGACUGAAAUUAAUGGCCAUGAGCUCCUAUUUGAUCAACUCCAACUAUGUGGACCCGAAGUUCCCACCGUGCGAGGAAUACUCACAGAGCGACUAUCUGCCCAGCCACUCUCCGGACUACUACAGCUCCCAGAGGCAGGAGUCUGCUGCCUUUCAACCGGACUCUCUCUACCACCACCACCAUCAACACCACCCACACCACCAGCAGCGAACCGAGCCGCCGUACACGCCAUGCCAGCGUGUAGGACAGCCCGCUUCGGUGGUGAUGUCCCCUCGGGGUCACGUCCUUCCCCCGUCCGGGCUGCAGACCACUCCAGUCCCGGAGCAGAGCCACCGCUGCGACUCGGUGACACCCAGCCCGCCUCCACCUCCGUCUUGCGGUCAAACGCCCCAUAGCCAAAGCACUUCGUCCCCUGCGAGCACUCGUAAGGACCCCGUAGUCUACCCGUGGAUGAAGAAAGUCCAUGUAAACAUCGUGAGUUCAAACUACACAGGGGGUGAACCGAAGCGCUCGCGGACGGCCUACACGCGCCAGCAGGUCCUGGAGCUCGAGAAGGAGUUCCACUACAACCGGUACCUGACGCGCAGGCGCAGGGUAGAGAUCGCGCACACGCUAUGCCUGUCAGAACGCCAGAUCAAGAUCUGGUUCCAGAACCGGAGAAUGAAGUGGAAGAAAGACCACAAACUGCCCAACACGAAGGUCCGCUCCGGGUCUAACAACACAAACUCCCAGGCUCUAACCGGCUCCCAGAACCGCGCCGGACCCCUAUAGCCCGGUUCUUUGGCUCACUUUGGCUCUUUGCCCUCCCUUUCCGUCCCUGAUUCCCAAACUGAACGCCGAAGCGGCGGCCAUGCUUGUAACCACCGGAGCCUGCACUUUGGACCGGAAUAACGCCUUUGCUCUGGAGGGAAGGAGGGAUGUCAGUGCCGCCUGUACGGCCUUGAUCUUUGCUGAUGUUACACACUAUAAUAUGACGUUACGAGGAGGGAGAGGGAUGGAGGGGAAGAUGUCCCAUUCAUAAAAAAGAAUUAAGUGAACUAAAGUAGGCGAAGACGGAGACUGAAAACAGACAAAAUGAUGCGGCCGCUUCUUUGCUUUUUACCCCCUUUCCGUCACUGCCUCUCUCCCCUCUCUCCCCCUCUCUCCCUCUCUCUCUGCUUUUUAUAUUUCUGUCUUUUUAUACUCCUCUCUCUCUUCCUCCAUAUGACAGAGCAUAAGACGGUAGGCUGAGGAUAAUAUGCCCGCGUGCGUGUGGUUUCUUUCCUUCUAUUUUUUUUCCUAUCCGAGACUUUUUUUGGUGAAGAUGGAUCCUCGUUUUCAUCUUUAAUCACGCCAAACUCGGGCCCCAUUUGUCAUGUUUACUCUGCGGGUACAAAGCAAAGGGGUGAACCGCCGCUCUGCCCAUUACCCCCACCCCUCCCCAAACCUCUACCCCCUCAGCCUCCCACCCCAACUCACGCACGUGUAAUAAAUGGAACUCUCGUUUCGUCAGAGAAGUAUUCUUACACCCCGCCACACACACUCACAAAAACCAAACACGCUCAUAUCCCCCCUGUCCGCCCUUAUAGUACUCUAACAUCAAAUAUAACCUCCAGUACGAUCCAACACGACACCGGGCAGGUUUCUGUCUACUUGUUAUCACUGUUGGCAUUUCUGUUUUGUUUAAUGACAAAUUAUAGCUUUUUAAAUUUUAAUUCUAGUUAUUUUCGAAUUCAGUGUUGAUUGUGAAAGGAUACUUUAAGCUGUUAUCGUGUGGAAUGACGAGGAGCGUUGAUGUGGUCCGUUGAUUGUUCAUUUUGUGAAGUUGUAUACAGGGAAACAGACUGACAGGGUGUUUAAAUUGAGGCAUUUUCCACUGCGUACCAAACAGGGUUUAUAAAACUGCCUAAACAAAGGGACACUAAUAUUUAAACCAAAAGCCUGGUACAAAUAGCUCAAGAACACAUUAUAAACGCAGCACUACAAUGUACUACCUAUUACCUCAGUUGUACUGAUAUAUAUUUUUAUUUUUUAUUUUUGUCAUGUUAUGUUUUUUUUUCUUGCUCGUUGAAUGAAGUGACAGCCUUUCGAGCUUUUAUAUUUUUUAAAAAUGUGUGACGAGUUAUUAUAGUAAUUAUUAUUACCUGCAAAACAAAAAAAAGGCGCUAUUCAUUUCAUGUAUGUGGAAAUUUAAAAAAAAAAAAAAGUAAUUUAAUUAUAAGCAAUUGUUCUGGCCAGGGACGUUCAGAAAAAUGAGGAGCUUUUUGCUGCAUGUCUGAAUGGUGUCGAUUUUAUUUUUCUAUAUUUUCCCUUUUUUGUCUCUCUUUUCUCCGCACAUGAAAUGCGCGCACACUUCUCUCUUUCCCCCUUUUCUUCUCCUCCUCCUCUCUCUGUUCUGUCACCUUGUGCCACUUUUUAGAUAUUUUAUUCUUCAAGUGCUUUUUAUUUCGAAUUGAUGUUAUUUUAUUUACAUUCCAAAGACCCGUUUCUAUCGUUAUUGAUGAUGAUAAGAACAAUGAUGGUAUUGUUAAAAUGUGUUAUUUCCUCCGAUAUGUAAGUUGCUCCUGUCUCUGCUUAUGCCUCCUCGUUGUCUACCUAUCUAUUAUUUGUAAAUAGUUCAUAGAAAUUUAAAUAAAUGACUAAAAAUGAA